AUGCCACUGUGCAACAUCGGUCUCCGCAUGGGUGGCGUGUCGAGCGCUGUAUUCGCCGCCCAAGGCGUUUUCCUUCUGGGAAAUGCCUUCUACACGAUCCUCUACCCCUCCUCCGCAGCCAACUUCCCGGGCUCUUCGCUGAGCGGAACGCCCGAUGGCGCGGUUCAAUGCAUUGGCCUGACCUCUCUCGCAUUGGGGACAUACUAUCUGAUCUCGACCUACCAGCGGGAUGCUCUCAUCAUGGCUUCCUCCGUGCCCUCUCGCCUCGUGGCUGCAUUUGUGAUGUAUCGAGCUGGCGGAGCUUGGGUUCAGGUUGCAGCGUUCGAGGUCUCAAUGGCAAUCGUGGCUGGUGCGGCACUUGUCUGGGAUCGCUCCAUGUAG